AUGAAGUCCUCCAUCAUGGUCGCUGCUGGCGCCGCAGUGUUGGCUAUGGGUAGCCCCCUAGAGAAGCGGAAGUUAGAAACCACCUGGGUUGUCGACUAUACGACCGUUACCGUCACUGGCAGCGAGGAGGCUCAGCCGACGCUCCUCUUCGAAGCGAAGCAUCGCCGCCCAGAUGCCGCGGUGGUAACCCCUGAGACCUCCAUCGUCAUUGUUACCGUAUACCCAGACGCACCGCUGCCAACUCCGACCAUUCCAGAGCCUUCUAUUGUCAUUGUUACCCAGACUCCGGAGGCUGAUCCUGAGCCCGAGCCCGAGCCUACUACAACAGCUCAGCCUGAGCCUACCACUGCCCAGCCUGUCGCACAGGCACCCGAAUCCCCGGCUCCUGAGCCUGCUGAUGAUGACUUUUCUGGUGCGGCCAUCUAUCACCACAACAUUCACCGUUCCAACCAUUCCUCCACCGACGUGACUUGGAGCGAGAAGCUUGCUGGCUACGCUGCCGCAACCGCUGCCACGUGCAUAAUGGCGCAUGAUAUGAACCAAGGCGACGGAGGCUAUGGUCAGAACUUGGCCAACUGGGCGCAAAGCUCUGGAGCUGCCGCCCUCGGUGCCACUGGCGCCGUCAAGAUGGCGGUCACCGAUAUGUGGUACAACGGCGAAUUCUCCAAGUUCCUUCCUCAAUUUUACGGACAAGCCACGCCGGAUAUGUCCUCGUUCGAGUCUUGGGGACAUUAUUCGCAGCUCCUGUGGAAAUCGUCUACGGAGCUUGGCUGCGCAUCCCAGUUCUGCGAGAAGGGGACUAUGUAUGAUGACUUCGACGCCUGGUACACCGUGUGCAACUAUGGCCCUGCAGGCAAUGUUGGUGGUGCCUACGCAAGCAACGUCCUCCAGCCUUUGGGGAUGAGCACCGUAGUUGUGUAA